AUAAAAUUUAAAAUUUAAAAUAAGAAAUGCAGUGCCUUAAAUUAUAAAAAAUUUAAAUAUAUUAUUAUUUGUUUUUUUUUUGUAUUUUUCUUUAUAUUUAUCUUGAUUGUUUUAUUACUUUCAACAAUCAACAAUUUAAAUUAAGAAAUUUUAGAAAAGAAAGUGUAAUUUUACUUUUUUAAAUGAAAAGGAAAAAUGAGUCCAUUUCGGAAGACAACGAAAUCUUUUCCUGUGAAAGUUAUCACAUUUGAUUCUGAAUUAGAAUUUGAUUUGGAACACAAAGCAAGUGGUCAAGAUCUUUUUGAUUUGGUAUGCAGAACGAUUGGUUUGAGAGAAACUUGGUAUUUUGGUUUACAGUAUACAGAUACAAGAGGUGAUGUUGUUUGGCUUAAAAUGGAGAAAAAAGUUAAAGAUCAAAAAAUCAACGUCAAGAAUGGUGGUUGUGUUUUUAAUUUUUUUGCUAAAUUUUUCCCAGAAAAUGUUAGUGAAGAAUUGGUUCAGGAAAUAACCCAACAUUUGUUUUUUCUCCAAGUUAAACAAAGUAUUUUAUCAAUGGACAUUUAUUGUCCCCCUGAAGCAUCUGUACUGCUUGCUUCUUAUGCAGUUCACGUACAAUUUGGGCCUUAUGAUUACGAAAAUUAUAAGCCUGGUAUGCUGGCAGCUGUAGCGAAUGAACUCUUACCACAAAGAGUUAUAGAUCAGUAUCAAAUGACGCCCAUGAUGUGGGAAGAUAGGAUAAAAACAUGGUAUGAAGACCAUGAACCUAUGACUAGAGACGAGGUAGAAAUGGAAUAUUUAAAAAUUGCACAAGACUUAGAUAUGUAUGGUGUAAAUUACUUUUUAAUCUCGAAUAAAAAACAUUCUGAAUUAUGGCUGGGAGUUACUGCAAUGGGCCUAAAUAUAUAUGAAAAAAAUAACAAAUUAACACCAAAAACAACAUUUCAGUGGUCUGAAAUACGUGAUGUUAGUUUUGACGAUAAAAAGUUUACAAUAAGACCAGUUGACUCAAAAUCACCUAAUUUUGUGUUUUAUUCACAAAAUCUAAGAAUAAACAAGAUGAUAUUAGAUUUAUGUAUUGGUAACCAUAAUUUAUAUAUGAAGAGACGAAAACAAGACACAAUGGAAAUACAACAAAUGAAAGCCCAAGCGAAAGAAGAGAAACAGCGUCGCCAAAUAGAAAGAAGUAAAUAUCAAAGAGAGAAAAAAUUGCGGGAGGCCGCUGAACGUGAAAAGCAAGAUCUUGAAAGGCGACUGCAGGUUAUGCAAGAGGAAAUGAGAUCUGCAAGUGAAGCUCUGAGAAAAUCCGAGGAGACUAAAGAAAUUCUUGUAGAAAAAAGUAGAUUGAAUGAAGAACAAGCCCAUUUAACAGAGUGUAAAGCUAAUAAGUUUCAUGAUGACUUAAUUCGUUUGCGUGAAAAUCAUUUAAAAACUGAGAAGGAAAAAAAUGAGCUCGAAAAAAAAAUUCGCGAUGCAGAAUUCUAUGUGCAACAUUUGACGGAAGAAAAAGACAAGCGUGCCUCGGAAGCUGAAAGAUUACGCCAGGAAUUAAUAACUGCUCAAAUAGCUGAACAAGAAGCCACAAAAAAAUUAUAUGCGUUCCUUAGCUGCGGAAUAAAUGCGGCACAGUGUUCGAUGGAAUCAUUACUUGUGCCAUCAACAACUUCUUUGAAUCCAUCAAUAACACCAGAUAUGCUUACAGAUACAGGAUCAGAUUUAAUGUCAGCGAAUGGCUUCUAUUUGUCACAAAAUGACAUGGAGCACAUUACCAAUGAAUUAGAAUGUAAUCGCGCUGAAUUUUGGGAAAAAUCAAAGCAGGUUCAUAAUAAAUUACGAACGCUGCGUUCUGAAAUUGAAUUAUUAAAAAUUGAGGAAAGUCCUCUGGACAUAAUUAGCGCUGCACAAUUAAGGUCGGGUGAAACAAAAUACUCAACAUUAAAAAAAUUAAAAUCGGGUUCAACAAAAGCAAGGGUUGCAUUCUUUGAAGAACUGUAGUAGUUAUAUGAAAUUAGCAUAUAUUUUUAAAAGUUAAAAGUAAUAGUUAGAUUUUUGUUUUGUUUAAAUAGUUGGCUUUAAUUAGAAAGUAUAAAUUCAAAAAAAAAGCGAAAAAAAAUAAUAAAAAAGAAGUUCUUGUAGGUUAAUUAGAAAUAUAAUGAAAAAAACGCUUUAUAUUUUUUAUAUUUAAAUAUUUUCAUUUCAUACUACUAAACAUCAUGCUGCAAUGAUCAUUAAUUAAGAAAAUACGCUCAAUUUAUUUUCAAUUUCAACAUUAUAUUGCAUAUUAGAAAAAUGGGCUAAGCGAUUUAGUCUUUUAGAAAUAUUUUGGCUCCUCUUGCUUUUUUUUAUCAAUUGCAAAAUUAAACUUGGUACAAAAUUUUAAAUUUUCAUUUAUAAAGUAAAGUUAUAAAUAAAGCGGAUGCCAUUCUAAUAAAACAAGAACAAAAACAUUGUAUAAAAAGUUUCAUAAAAUAUGUGCCAAUUCUAGAUGCUUCAUAAACUUUUUUUGUAAUUGAUAAAAGAGAUAUGUAUUUUGUAUAUGUGGAUUUAUUAAAACAAACAGGGUGAUGACAUCGAUAACUUCCAACUAUGUAUGUUUUAAAGAUUUACAAAUUAAAGCUUGUUUCAAUUAUUAACUAAAAUAAGAAUUGUAAUAUAAAUAUAUUUUUUAAAAAGAUUUUUUACUAAUGUUCAAUUCAGUUUUUGUAAAUUGCUUAGUUCUCCUUUUUUCUGUGAAUAAUUUAUAAAAUUUUAAUGUACUAAUCAAUUCCAUAUUAUAAUUCUACACAACAUAAAAUUAUAUAAGAUAAAUAAUUAAUUGAAAUUAAACAAUCAU